UAGAAUUAUUUGGAAAUAAAAUGUAUAAUUGUAUUUUUAGAUAAAUCAUAACACCCCUUACUUUACUUAUGGCAUGGUCUGCCCUUCAAUUACACACCGGUAUCCUUUAAUUUGGCUUGCGCAUUGCAAGCAGGCUUUACGGUAGAAACGAGGUAUCAUCUGCCCCUCACAAACAUGGUGCCUCAUUGUACUGCUCAACUCACACAAACAUGGCGACGCCCAUGCACCACGCCGAUGCUAACAAACACCAUUUACAAACAAACAGUUGAAGUGACUCUGGACCUUGAUACAGCACAGCCCGAGCUCAUCCUGUCUGCAGAGGGGAAACAAGUGAGAAAGGGAGAGAUACGGCAGCGUCUCCCUGACACUCGAGAGAGAUUUGAUGACAGGCCCUGUGUGCUGGGCAGGGAGGGCUUCACCUCGGGGAGACGCUACUGGCAGGUGCAGGUGGGGGAGAAUACACGGUGGAGAUUAGGAGUCAGCACAGAGUCUGCCGAGAGGAAGGGGGAGUUCAGCAUGAUCCCCCAGCAGGGUUACUGGACUGUGACGUGGUGGAGUGGAGAUAGAGGUGAGUUCACUGCUCUCACUGACCCCCGGACCCCCCUCCCCCUCCCCCGGAGGCUGAAGCCUCGGAGGCUGGGGGUGUAUCUGGAUUAUGAGGAAGGGCAGCUCUCCGUUUACAAUGUGGAGACCAGAUCUCACAUCUACACUUUCACUGACAUGGAUUUCAAACCCAAUGAGAAACUAUAUCCAUUCUUCUAUACUUCCUGUUUAACAGACCUUGUACUGGUGUCCCCUGACCCUGUCAGCGCUGCACAUUAAACACAUUGCUGAACCAGGAAACUAUUCAAACAGCUCAGACAAUCUCUUCACUUUCACUGACGCUCUCUCUGCACUCUUCUGGCCUGAUGAGAAGAAAUCCUCUCUCUUCCACCCUCUUACCCUGAGCCCCUCCUCUUUAUUUCUCUACACCCCCUUUCCUACUCUCCC